GUUGAUAUUGCUAUAAGGAUUAAUCUGAAAGACACAAUUAACGGCUUGUACCAAACCAAGCUCAAUACAUCCAGUUGAUGCCAUUUGCAGGCCAGCAGUGGUUAUCUACCCAUAAACCCCAGAGUCCGUAUCGAAUCGAAGCCGCGCACGCGCCGAGGCUUACUCCGCUUCAAUUCACCCCACUCCUUUCAACUCCGUGGGUGCUACUUUAUCGAGAUGAACUAUCAAAGGCCUCCUUUCGAGCCCUUGCAGUUCGUCCCCGCACGAGACAGGGAGACGAUGCUGGAUCUUCCAGUUCGGGGGGUUGAUGUCGUCGCCCAUGACCCGCUUGAAAAUGGCGGCAAUCACUGGUGCUUUUAUCUCAAUGUUACGGAUACUACGUCGGUGCAGCUUGACAUGACUCCGUCCUACAGUAUCCCUGGUGCCACAAACCCUAACGGCAGUAAGGGUUUUUUGAUCAUUAGCUAUCUAGAGCACACUGUUCCAAUAUCGACUACGGCACAGAAAGUCGUGCGAAUGGACGCUCGCCCUGGCUGCAGAGCGCGAGAUUUCCUCAACUUAAUACUGAGCCAGAAGCGUCAUCAAUAUGAGUUUAACUUUGCAGGAGAAGGCUGCAGGUUUUGGACCACCCAGCAAAUUGACCUCUUUGGAAGAUCUGGGUUUCUCAUCAACCCUUCCCAGGCUGAAGUCGCGAGAGACGCUAUUCUGACGAAGUGGCCCAGUGGAGUUGGGUACCCUCUUGUGGUUGGCACCUACUAUCCCUGACGGUCGUCUAUCCAUGCGCAUACCAUGUGGAUGUAUUCCUCUGCGAGUUGUGUAAAGUGCUCAUUGUAUUACACUCGGUUGAAUUCAUUUUUGAUUGAUUCUUUGCGUUUCGAGCCAAAAAAAGACCAUGAAUAAAAGAUAAAAAACAUACAACAGAAGGGAUUCGCUGGUGGUCACCCACCCAACUACUAACCUCCCGGCGUGUGGCUUAAGUACGGCUGAGCGGACGGGAAGCCCUGUUUUCCACACCCU